CGUCCUUACGCAAAGCAUCCAACCAUUCUAUUCAACACCAAGCACCCUGCAGGACAAUGAGCUCACUCGAGAAUAUUCAUACGCCCCGGUAGCCCUCGCAAUGGCUGCGUACAUGUCUCCUUCACCCGCAGCCCUUGCUGUCAGCUCCAGCUACCCGCGUCGAUCGCAAUACCGACCAACAACACGACUCGCAGCGAACCGUGUUCAACCCCUGCCUCUCUCAAUGGCGACAGAUGCCAAUUCACGACUCCCUCGAAACAUGACUGGUGAUAGCUCCGACGAUGAAGACCUCGCCCCCAUCAAAUUGAGUGCCGAAGCGCAGGCUAUACUGGGCGAGGACGAACCACAAUUGGAAGCAGAGAAAGAGAACUGGGGACCACAAGUACAGCCUGCGGUCACUACAGGCGCUUCAAGACGGAGGAGCAAAGCUACGCCACUCGAGGUCCUGAAGGCUUCCAGUCCUCCGCAACAAAGGGAUGGCAGUCCUGCCCCACGAGUCGUUCGAGUCACCACCGGGCCAAGGCCUGGACUAGGUGUAAUUCUGGGCAGAGACGGUUCUUUCAUGUACAAAAUCCACGACAAGUCAGCUACUGGUAUGCACCCAGCACUUCACGAUUCAGAGACUCCUGCACCGAGCAUACGGCGCGUCCGUGUAAGUGGUGGUAAACGCUUGUCACGAUCACCUCCGUCGAAGGCGGAUCCCGAGAAGCCUCAGCCAACAUCAGCUGGAGAUGGACCGAAGACUGGGGGUCUCUCAGCUAGCCCUGGGAGCCAAGAACCACACAGCAGUCCAGAAGAGGAAGGCGCCGCAAUACCAUCGACGGUAUCACGUCCUCGAAGAGCCGAUGAAAAUGGAGCUCAGAGUACCAUGAGAGUUCGACGGCAUGGAGGCGCUCUCCGCAACAGACCAGUCAGACGAGGUAUGGUCCGCCGCCCGAGUGAGGAAGAUGAGAUACCCUUGGACAAUCAGGAUCACGAACAAGCCAAUACUCCUGAGACCGAGAUGGGUAGAAGGGCGAGAGAGCCAGAUUUGGCCGACUUCCCGGAUGAGAUUCUCGCUCUGCAAGGCAGUCCUAAGCAGAUCAAGCAGACUCGAGUAUCUCCAAGAGUUAUGUCGCCAGUGCGACUCAAACGACAAGAAUCACCCAAGCUAUCGUCGUCAAGACCAGCAUCAGGGCACCAGAUUCAGCCAACACCACGCGCUCAAGAGGCUCCGAUAUCCUCCAGAUCCUCCAGAUCCUCCAGUUCUCAACGUCAUCCCAUCUUCAAGAUCCCUCCGCUCCCAUCAAUUGCGUCAGUGCCCGAUCAAGAAAAUGAGCCGCCGCCAACGUUCCGACGGACAAAGCCUGCUUCUACGAUACUAGAAUGCCACGAAGACCAGCCCAAACCCGACCAAAAGCCAGCCGAACAUGCCUCUCCGUCCCGUCCACCACUCGUCCCAAAAUCGAACAACACACCACACCGCCCUGCCCCCGCGCCUCCGCCCAAAAUGUCCAUCCUCGAUGCCGCCACCUCCAACGCUGGCUCCCGUAACAAGAAGUCCGUCCACUAUGUGCUCAAUGGCAAGACUUACCGGCGACUCGACUGCAUCGGCCGGGGCGGCUCCUCGCGCGUCUUCCGUAUCAUGGCCGAAAACUACAAGAUCUUCGCCCUGAAAAGGGUCAACCUCGAAGACGCCGACAUGGCUGCUAUCGCCGGUUACAAAGGGGAGAUCGACCUGCUGAAGCGCCUGGAAAACGUCGACCGCGUGAUUCGACUGUACGACUAUGAGAUCAAUGAGGACAAAGGCGUGCUCAAUGUCAUGAUGGAACUCGGCGAGAGCGACUUCAACAAAAUGCUCAACGAGCAGCUCAAGUCCGAGAAUGCGCGGCUGGAUAUCACAUUCACGCGACAUUACUGGAAAGAGAUGCUCGAAUGCGUGGCCGCGGUACAUGAGUACGGGAUCGUACACUCGGACCUCAAGCCGGCGAAUUUCCUGCUCGUCAAGGGUCAGUUGAAGCUGAUUGACUUUGGGAUUGCAAAUGCCAUCGCGGACGAUACUGUCAAUGUGCAUCGGGAGAACCAGAUCGGCACGCCAAAUUAUAUGAGUCCCGAGAGUCUGGUUGCACAGCACAUCCCAGCGGGAUACGGAGGAGCCGCAGGGAAGGUGCUCAAGCUGGGCAAGCCGAGCGACGUGUGGAGUCUGGGGUGUAUCUUGUACCAAAUGACAUACGGGCAGCCGCCGUUCGCGCAUAUUGCAAAACAGUUUGAGCGCAUCAUGAGUAUUCCCAAUCCCAAAGUUGAGAUUGCUUUCCCCGGCACGGGGAUCGGAGGGGCAGUCGUCCCAUUUGGACUGAUCAAGACGCUCAAGCGGUGUCUCACGCGCGAGCAGAGUCUUCGACCAACGGUGGCGGAGUUGUUGAGUGAGGGCGAUCCGUUUCUCAAUCCGGUGGCGAUCAGCCCGGACAUGCUGGGGCGUGUGAUAGGGAACGUGGUGGGGUAUUGUCGAAGACGGGAGGAGGCCAUGAGGGCAAGAGGUGAGAUUAGUGCGGCGGAAGGGGUGAGCUGUCUACCCAAGGACGACGAGAUGAAGGGGUGGCCGUUGGCGUUCUAUGAGAAGUUGAGACAGGCGCAAGAGGAAGGGACGGCGUGGUAGACUUGCACGACACGACAGUAUUGAUAUUGGAUGGCACGGCCUCCGCUGAGACCAAGGGUUGGCUGACGAGCCGCGUGAGCAUGAACAUGAACAUUCUGGAUUGACUGCUUUUUGGGAUCGCAGGAUGGGACGAUGCAUUCUCCUCCUGGUGGUUGGAUUGGAUUGUGUUGCUUUGAGUUGUUGUGGUUCUGUUGAAAAUGUCCUUUUGCUGCGUUCAAGCGUCCUCGAAGUAUAAUACCUACUUAUUCUUUGUCACUCAAAUACUCAAGUCC